GUGUUCCGCUCGCAAUGCGGAAGUGAGGUCUGCGCAUGCGCUCGCGAUGUUGAAGUAAUUCGCCACACAUUACGUUCAAACUACGGCUUAUUAACUUUUCAUUUAGACGAAUAAUGAAAGAUUGGUGUUAUUAUUUAUACAUUGAGGGAGAAUGAUGCUGGACAAGAGUCGUGUAACUGUCGUGGCGGACAUUUUAUUCAGUAAAAAACAUUCAACAGAAGCAGGAAUCCACUGCUGCUGCUCCAGAGUCUUUGUGCAGGACAGAGAACUGUAUCGUUCGGACAAAAGACUCUUUUCAUUUGAACAACCGGAAACUGCUUUUCGAGAUGGCCUCCACGAAGAUGAAGAAGAAGAUGAUGGUGAAGAGGAAGAAGAAGAAGAGGAAGAAUUAGAUGAAGAGGCUAAGCUGAUGUCCAGCAUGGGUCUUCCUCUUGCCUUUGCCACCUCUUCCAGACGGCACAAAGAGGAGAAAGGCUGCAAGAAAAGGUCUACUUCAUACCCGACUAAGCCUCUCCAAGACCAGCAGGAAGACACCACCAACAAUAAAGACGACAAGAACAGUUUGGAGGAAGAACUGGAGUUGGAAACCCUGGGGGACCAUUUAGAGACCCUGGGGGACAAUUUGGAGGCCCUGGGGGACAAUUUGGAGGCCCUGGGGGACCACCAUGAAGGCUGGGAGACCUACUGGGCCCAACAGGGUGAAGGUCUGCUGUGGAGCAGCUGGCAGGAGAAGCAUGGACCUUCAGAGGGUUCCCAGGUGGCUCCUUGGGACCAUCCCAGCACCAAGACCACCUGGGACCAGCACGCCACCGACACCUACUACCUGUACUGGGAGCAGUACUGCUACUGGGCAGCACAGGGAUGGACCUGUGAGGCAGCGGCAGAGGAAGACUUAGACCUUCUUCUAGAACACAACUGCUCUUUACGCUCAGCUGACUCUCAAACAGUUGCAGACCAGCCCUGCGAUGCAGGAGAUUGUGGCCAGAAGUCUGAUGUUUCCUCUCAGCAGGAAGCUACUCAGCCUACAGACUCCCGACUAGCUGCUGGCAGCACCAGCCAAACAGUGACUUCCAGAAUGUGCAAUGGUGACCAUGAAGAUGAGCAUGAGGACGAUGGUGGAGAUGACGGUCCCUCAAGAGGACCGGCCAAGGUCAAACGCAGUCAUGAACUUGAUGCUGAGGAGACGCCUCAUCUGUCACGUGACCAAGCCUGGAAGAAACUUGGACUCAAACACAAUCCACAAUCCAUGUUUGACAGUGUGUUCGACUUCAGAGAAGUUCCAGGCCAGAAGCGAUGGAGGCGAUGGUGCUCCAAGAAAGGUGGCAACGGCAUCAACCAACACAUCAGAUUCACGGAGGACCAAGAGGACCAAGAGGACCAAGAGGACCAAGAGGACCAAGAGGACCAGGAGGACCAAGAGGACCAAGAGGACCUGACACAGCCACAGUGCAGCAGAACCCUCUAUAAGGUGCGUGACUUCCUGCAGAAGAUAGAGCGUGCAGAUCAGAGCACGUCACGUGAGGAGAGGAAGGUGUCACACUCUGAUGUGUCCCCACAAGGCCAGGAGAUGGAGGUGUCACACUCUGGUGUGUCCCCACAAGACCAGGAGAGGAAGGUGUCACACUCCGGUGUGUCCCCACAAGACCAGGAGAGGAAGGUGUCACACUCUGAUGUGUCCCCACAAGACCAGGAGAUGGAGGUGUCACACUCUGGUGUGUCCCCACAAGACCAGGAGAGGAAGGUGUCACACUCUGGUGUGUCCCCACAUGACCAGGAGAGAAGUGGCAGCUCCUUAGACCCCGAGGAGUGUGAAGGAACAUGUGUCCUUCCUCCUCUUCUGGAUGAAGGAACAUCUCAUCCACGCCUAGAAGCUCUGCAGAUAGCCCACACACCUGCUGGCAAUGGUGAUGGCAGGAAGUGUAAGAAGAAGAGGAGGAAGUGGGCCAACAACAACAAGAAGCAGCAGCAGCAGGUCCCAGCAGACAUGGUAUCAGAACCAGGUCUGGCCAAGUACUGGGCUCAGCGCUACAGACUCUUCUCCCGCUUCGACCAAGGAAUCAGACUAGACCGAGAGGGUUGGUUCUCCGUCACGCCAGAGAAGAUCGCAGAGCACAUCGCCCUGAGGGUGGCUUGCAACUUCUCGCACGCUCAGCUGGUCAUCGAUGCCUUCUGUGGCGUGGGAGGGAACGCCAUCCAGUUUGCACUCGCUGGCAUGAGAGUGCUGGCGGUGGACAUCGACCCGCUGCGUCUGGACUUGGCGCGCCACAACGCCGCCGUCUAUGGCGUGGAGCACCACAUCGACUUCCUGCAGGGAGACUUCCUCCAGCUAGCGCCUCGCCUGCGCGCUGACGUGGUCUUCCUGUCCCCCCCCUGGGGGGGUCCAGACUACCUCCACGCCCAAGUCUUUGAUCUCAGGACCAUGAUGGAGCCUGAUGGUUUUCACAUCUUCCAUGUGGCCAAGCAGAUCACAGACAACAUCGUCUACUUCCUGCCUCGCAACGCUGACAUGGACCAGGUUGUGUCCCUGGCGGGUGCAGGAGGGAAAGUGGAAGUGGAACAAAACUUACUCAACAACAAACUGAAGACCAUUACUGCAUACUUUGGUAGUGCUUUCAUCCAUUCACACUCCUGAGAACUCUCAUCAUCAUGUACUACAUGUUUAUAUACUUCAUCAUCAUGUACUACAUGUUCAAGUACUACAUGUUUAUAUACUUCAUCAUCAUGUACUAAAUGUUCAUGUACUACAUGUUUAUGUGCUUCAUCAUCAUGUACUACAUGUUCGUGUACUACAUGUUCAUGUACUACAUGUUUAUGUACUUAAUCAUCAUGUACUACAUGUUCAUGUACUAAAUGUUUUUUUACUUCAAAAUCAUGUACUACAUGUUUAUGUACUUCAUCAUCAUGUACUAAAUGUUCAUGUACAACAUGUUUAUAUGCUUCAUCAUCAUGUACUACAUGUUCAUGUACUACAUGUUUAUGUACUUAAUCAUCAUGUACUACAUGUUCAUGUACUAAAUGUUUAUUUACUUCAAAAUCAUGUACUACAUGUUCAUGUACUAAAUGUUUAUUUACUUCAAAAUCAUGUACUACAUGUUUAUGUACUUCAUCAUCAUGUACUACAUGUUCAUGUACUUCAUCAUCAUGUACUACAUUUUCAUGUACUAUAUGUUUAUACACUUCAUCAUAUAUUACAUGUUUAUGUACUUAAUCAUCAUGUACUACAUGUUCAUGUACUACAUUUUCAUGUACUUCAUCAUCAUGUACUAAAUGUUCAUGUACUACAUGUUUAUAUGCUUCAUCAUCAUGUACUACAUGUUCAUGUACUACAUGUUCAUGUGCUACAUGUUUAUGUACUUAAUCAUCAUGUACUACAUGUUCAUGUACUAAAUGUUUAUUUACUUCAAAAUCAUAUAUUACAUGUUUAUGUACUUCAUCAUCAUGUUCUACAUGUUUAUGUCCUACAUGUUCAUGAGCUAAAUGUUUAUGUACUCCUUCAUCAUGUACUACAUGUUUAUGUACUUAAACAUCAUGUACUACAUGUUCAUGUAUUAAAUGUUUAUUUACUUCAAAAUCAUGUACUACAUGUUUAUGUACUUUAUCAUCAUGUACUACAUGUUUAUGUCCUACAUGUUCAUGUGCUAAAUGUUUAUGUACUACAUAGUCAUGUAGUAUAUGUUCAUGUACUACAUGUUUAUGUACUUAAUCAUCAUGUACUACAUGUUCAUGUACUAAAUGUUUAUUUACUUCUAAAUCAUGUACUACAUGUUUAUGUACUUUAUCAUCAUGUACUACAUGUUUAUGUCCUACAUGUUCAUGAGCUAAAUGUUUAUGUACUCCAUCAUCAUGUACUACAUGUUCAUGUACUACAUGUUUAUGUACUUAAUCAUCAUGUACUACAUGUUUAUUUACUUCCAAAUCAUGUACUAUAUGUUUAUGUACUUUAUCAUCAUGUACUACAUGUUUAUGUCCUACAUGUUCAUGUGCUAAAUGUUUAUGUACUACAUAGUCAUGUAGUAUAUGUUCAUGUACUACAUGUUUAUGUACUUAAUCAUCAUGUACUACAUGUUCAUGUACUAAAUGUUUAUUUACUUCAAAAUCAUGUACUACAUGUUUAUGUACUUUAUCAUCAUGUACUACAUGUUUAUGUCCUACAUGUUCAUGAGCUAAAUGUUUAUGUACUCCAUCAUCAUGUACUACAUGUUCAUGAACUACAUGUUUAUGUACUUAAUCAUCAU